UGGGAAGGUGGAGCAGAUUCUUUGUCUCUUAAAAGAAGCUGCACAGUUCAAUCAGAACCAUCAAACCCAGUCUGAAACAGGUUUAUGAUUAACCUGGCCCUGGAUUUCACCUGAGGGGUGUCGUCUGACAGAGGGCCAUAAUUUCAUGGUCACAGCUGGAGGAACAGGACAGGCGUGUCAGCAGACACACCUGAUUCUUUGACAAACACCUGAGGGUUCAGUUUCACCUGCACCUGCCGGAGAACACACACCCAAGCAGAGACUCCUCAGAGAUGGACAAAGUGGCUCGGAUCGUUGGGGACAAAGUGGGAGACAUGGUGGAGGGAGCUGUGAAGAACGCUUUAGGUGUCAAGGACAAAAACAAAGCUGAGAAGAAAGGAGGGGGGGGGAUCUUGUCGAUGUUUGGAGGAGGCAAGGACAAAAAUGAGAAGGACAAAGUGAAAGAGAAGGGAGGACAAUUUGGAGACGACAAGAAGAAGGAUGAAGACAAAGGUGGAUUCUUCUCAAAGGUCUUUGACAAAGAUGACAAUGGCGCAAAGGGGGAGCAGAAGAAAUCUGGAUUUAAUGGUCUUUUUACGGAGGGGGAGGGAGGAGGCGCUGUGGGGGUAGGUGGAGAAGGCGCUGUGGGGGUAGGUGGAGAAGGAGCUGUGGGGGUAGGUGGAGAAGGAGCUGUGGGGGGAGGUGGAGAAAACCAGGGAGCAGUGGUGGCCAUGAACGAUAGAGAUCUUCUGGAUGAUCUGUCCGACGUGGCGGCAGAACUCGCAAAAUAGAAUUCAGACCUGAAAACCACAUCCAGACCUCUGCCAAAAACCUGAAUCCGCUGGAAACUCCUGAUGUCACUUCAACAAGCUGGAAGAUUUUAACUUUUUCUUCACUGCUGCUCGUUUCUCUCUGCAGCUUCUACGUGGAAAAUAUGUUUGUAAAGGAAAUUUAAAAACCUUUAUGGUGAAAUGUUUUAUAUUUACUUGGAGAGGUGGCACCUGCCUGAAUGUGCAGAUGAAGAGUAAAUAAAGAUUGUCUGAUGUA